GUUCACCGUGUAUCCCUCCAUGCAAGAACGCGACGGCUGGAGCCAGCAAUACAUUGCGCUCUCUGCUUCGGAGCUGCUCUUCUUCGAUUGCCAAGAGGGAUAUCUCGAGAAAACACCGUCGAAGGUGAUAGAGUUGGAGCAAGUGAUCACCACGGGAGAUGUUCCUGAGUUGACGAGGGAACGACUAUCGCUAUCAGCCUCCGACGCCCGUCGGAGCGUCCUCAUUUAUUACGUGAUGAAGGGAGAGAUUCAGUUGUUGCCCUGGAUGGAGGAGAGGCCUCGACACAGAGAACUUUUGGAGAGACAUUUCGAAUACAUAUCCACACGCGAAGCUGGCGGGAACCUCGUUCUUCUCGCUGACAGCCCCCAAGCCAAGGCCGAUUGGGAGCGAAAAUUCAGAAAGUCCCUAGACGUUUACGAGUUUUCAGGACAGCCGCAGAAAGCAGACGAGGAGAUGCUCCGCUUCUUCCGCUGGAAGUCAGACUUCCCUCGAACUCAGGAGUUAUGGACGUAUUGAAUAAAAAACACUGUAUUAGAA